CUUCACCUGCAGUGACUUGGUGUGGAGCUCCAGUGCAGGCGGGCAUCAUGGCGAAGGGUUUCUUUAUCAGUAAAGCUGUUGGGAUAGUGUGCAUCGUCGCAGCUGUGGGCGCCGUGGCCACUAUCAUAGCUCUGUCUGUUGUUUACUCGCAGGAAAAGGCGAAAAACAAUGACAGUAACCUGCAACCGACUAAACCACCCCCAGUGACUAAACCUCCCGGCCCGACAACAGCUAAACCGUCCAAUGAGCUUUGGGACAAGUAUCGGCUGCCCUCUAACCUGGUGCCAAACCACUAUAACGUCACCCUGCGGCCACGACUGACUCCAGAUGCAAGUGGAAAAUACAUCUUUACUGGUGAAUCCUCUGUGGAGUUUCACUGCGCUGAGGCCACCAACCUGAUUCUCAUUCACUCCCACAAGCUGACCUACAGCCCAGUUAGCAAUGGCCUCUUGGCGAGGCUCACUGCAGUAAACAAUGGCGACACAGUCCCCGGCAUCGAGUCCGUGUGGCUGCAGAAUGAGACUCAGUACCUGGUCGUGCAGCUGAAGGGUGACCUGACGAAGGGCAACUACUACAUCUUGGAAACCAUCUUUGAAGGAGAGCUGGCUGACGAUCUUGGAGGCUUCUACAGGAGCGAGUACACUGAGAACGGAGUAAAGAAGGUUAUUGCGACCACUCAGAUGGAGGCGACGGACGCCAGGAAGGCUUUCCCCUGCUUCGACGAACCGGAGAUGAAGGCUACUUUCGACAUCACUCUGAUCCAUGACCUGGGGACUGUAGCCCUGUCCAACGGCAAGGAAAUAGAAACAACAGAGGACACCAUGGGUGAUGUUAAAGUGUUGAAGACAAAAUUUGAGAGAACUGAGAGAAUGUCCACCUAUCUGCUGGCAUUUAUCGUCAGCGAAUUCGAUUUCAUCCAGGACAACAGCGAUGAUGUUUUGAUCCGCAUCUUCGCCCGGAAGCCUGCUAUCGCUGCCGGCCAAGGAGAGUACGCUCUCAACAAAACUGGACCCAUGCUGAAAUUCUUUGAGGAGUAUUACAAUUACAGCUACCCUCUGCCCAAGUCUGAUCAGGUAGGUCUGCCAGACUUCCCUUUUGGAGCCAUGGAGAACUGGGGUCUGAUCACCUACAGGGAAACGGCGCUGCUGUACGAUGAGGAAUACUCGUCCAACUCCGACAAGGAGAGGAUCGCCACUGUCAUUGCCCACGAGCUGGCUCACAUGUGGUUUAGUAAUCUUGUGACCAUGCGAUGGUGGAAUGACUUGUGGCUGAACGAAGGUUUCGCGACCUACGGCGAGUACCUCGGAGCACACCAAGCCGAGCCCACCUGGAACAUUAAAGACCUCAUCGUGCUCAAUGACGUCCACCGAGUGUUCGCCGUGGAUGCCUUGGCCUCUUCUCACCCUCUGUCCUCUAAAGAGGAAGACAUCCAGAAACCAGCCCAGAUCAAUGAGCUGUUCGACACCAUCACAUACAGCAAGGGAGCUUCUAUCGUCAGGAUGAUGUCAGAUUUCCUAACCGAAGACGUCUUUGAACAGGGGUUUCAGACCUACCUGAAGGCAUUUGCUUUUCAAAACACCGUCUACACAGACCUCUGGACACAUCUGCAGAUGGCCGUUGAUGCCACCGGUACUGCCCUACCUCAGUCGGUCAAUAACAUCAUGAACACCUGGGUGCUGCAGAUGGGCUUCCCUGUGGUCACCAUCAACACCGCUACUGGAGACGUUUCCCAGAAGCACUUCCUGCUGGAUCCAGAAUCUGUAGUCACCACUCCAUCCCCCUACAACUAUGAGUGGAUCGUUCCAAUGCGGUGGAUGAAGACCGGAGCUGUGCAGGCUCUGACGUGGCUGGAGACGAAAUCAGCUUCAAUCCCAGCGAUGAAGGUAACGGGGAAUGACUGGGUGCUGGCCAACAUUGACGUGGCGGGAUACUACAGGGUCAACUAUGACCAGGCCAACUGGGACAAACUCCUCAACGCUCUGAACACCAACCAUGAGGUCAUUCCAGUGAUCAACAGAGCCCAGCUGGUGGACGACGCCUUCAACCUGGCCAGAGCGAAGAUCAUCCAGACAGUGCAGGCCCUAGAAACCACCACGUACCUGAACAACGAGACAGCCUACAUGCCGUGGGCGUCGGCCAUCAACAACCUGGACUACUUCUACCUGAUGUUCGACCGCAGUGAGGUCUACGGACCCAUGCAGGAUUAUCUGAGGAAACAGGUGACUCCUCUGUUCAACUACUACAAAGACCUGACAGGGAACUGGGCUGAUGUGCCUACAGGACACAUGGACCAGUACAACGAGGUGAACGCCAUCAGCCUGGCCUGCAGGACCGACCUGCAGGAGUGCCAGGAGCUGACCACGACUUGGUUCAGAGACUGGAUGAACACCGGUGUCAACAAGAUCCACCCCAACCUCCGCUCCACCAUGUACUGUAACGCCAUUGCAACAGGGGGCGCUGCGGAGUGGGAGUUUGCCUGGGAUAAAUUUAAAAACACAAGCAUUGCCGCUGAAGUUGACAAACUACGCAUUGCGUUGGCCUGCACCAAACAGGCCUGGCUGCUGAACAGGUAUCUGGAAUACGCCCUGAACCCAAACAUGAUCCGGAAGCAGGACGCCAUGUCCACCAUCGUCUACAUCGCCAAUAAUGUGAUUGGUCAGUCUCUAGCGUGGGACUUUGUCAGGGCUCGAUGGUCUUACAUCUUCAGCCAGUACGGUAGUGAAUCGAACUCCUUCCCCAACCUCAUCAACGGAGUCACUGAACGCUUUUCCACUGAAUUCGAGCUUCAGCAGCUGAAACAGUUCAAGGCCGAUAACGCCGAAGUCGGUUUUGGCUCCGGGACUCUGGCACUGGAUCAGUCCAUCGAGAGAACCGUCGCCAACAUAAAAUGGAUCGCAGAGAACAAGAACAAUGUUCUGAACUGGUUCAUAGCUGAAUCUAAGUCCUAAUGAGGAGUUUACUUGUUCUUUGUGCAAUUUAAAAAAUGUUCUUUUGUCAUUAAUAUAAAUCUUUAGACUUUACUCACGAGUGUUUGUGUUGGUCUUAGCCUUGGUUUCCGUGGCAACCAUCAUCACGUUGUGGACUCUUGCUCUGACAGCAGAUGAUGGUGAUGACAUCACAGGUCCUUGGGACAAAUAGGACAGUAAUUAGGAAAAAAACAUCAACACCUGAGUCACCUUAAAGGACUGAAGCAGAUACGGUGCUGGAAGGAAGUAGUACUCACAGCCUGUUCACCUUUAGCAUGAAUUGGAACCCAAAUUAGCUGCUGAGCUUUGCUGGUGCUGCAAUUUAUUUAAAUUGAAUUGGAAAUUACAAUAUAUUUUGAAUCCUUGAAAGCAGAAAUAUAAAUAACAUUAAAAUGUGACACUUUAAGUCAGAGGACCAGAGAAGACAUGUUUUUGUUGCUUUUUCCUUUUAAAAAUCUGCUUUUUAACAUAGUUUUACAAUCUCGUGGUUAUAGAAAAGGAGUUCCUUGUAAAUGGGGAUUUUUUUGUAUGUUUUCAUAUAACAUUUGGAUGAUAAUUUAGUGAUGACAGAGGAAACAAAAAGUCCUCUCUGGCCUCUAAAUUAUAUGAGAUUCUAUUGUUUCUGUUUCUUCAUGUUUAAUAUUGAGCUCCUGAGUUGACAACUUUGGGGUCUCAGAUUUAAGAAUUAAGGUUUACUGUAUUUGUUGUCCCACUGCAAAAUAAUUUAUGAUAAAACUGGAUUGUUAAUGAGGACAUUCCUUUAUUUAUUGUUCACACUCGCUCUGGCUAUGACAAAGGAAUACUUGUGCACUUUUAAAAUUGAAAUACUUAAUUUUGUCAGUAUUCUUUGCCUAUGAGAUACUGCUGUGCAAAAAUGUAAAAAGUGAAGUCUAUAUAACUAUGAAACUGUAUGUCUAUGCUGACUGGAUAUUUUUAGAUAUUUCAAUGCAACCAUUUCAUUCCAUUCUGAUAAAGUAAAUAAAACUAUUUCUUAAGAA